AUUGAUUGAUUAUUAACAUCUUCAAUUUGUCAUUAUAUUUGAAACAAUUGAUUAUUGUACAUUGUUCAAGUGUGUCUGUGUGUGUGGUAUUUUGAAUUUCCCGUGUACAGGUAAUAUUUCUGUAUCUGUGUGCGUGUGUUGGUUGAUAGAAGACAAAGACCAGGUAAAAAAAGAAAUAUGAAAGGAAGCGAGAGAAAAUGAAAAUGAAAUACAAUCCACAAUAACAGCAAUUAUCAUCCAUUUAUCAUGUAUAAGCAUCAACAUCAAAAUAAUCAAUUGGUCAUUUAUUUCAUAUCGAUAAUUAUCAUCAUUUCAACAAUAAUGAUAACAGCAAACGAAGCAAGAAUUGUACGUAAAGAAAAAAUGUUGCGUCUUUGUCUUUGGACACCAUGUAAAUCGAUAACAGUGACAAAAAAAUGUCCAUCAUAUCUGGAACAAAGUUCGCGAAGAAAAUGUAAAUUACCUAAUGAUGAAAUUGGUUUCUAUUCCAAAUGCUGUCUAUAUGAAGGUUAUUUACCAGCGAUCAAAGAAACACCAAACAAUCAAAUCGAUGGAAUGGAAUGAUUUUAUAAUUCUUCAAAACAAAAACAAAAACAAAAUUUUCUCUCAUCAAAACUUUGAUAUUUUAUUUUAAUUUUUUUAAAAAAC